CCAGCAGCUUUCCCAGUUAGAUGUUUCGCACCGAAUAAAACACACCUGUGCAAUGGUACAUUACCAUUUACUUUGCGGUGCGGCUUUUUGAUUAUCGCAAUCCAUGCAAUCAAUUUACUGAAGGCGCCAAAAUAUAGCAGAUUAAAAUGGAUAAUACAACAGAAAGCGAUAAAUAUAGUGACUUAAUAUUAGCCAAAAUCGUGGCUAUGCUAGUUUUAGGAUUUACUUCGUUUAUAUUAGGCAUUUUACCGAUAAAAUUAACCAAAUUUAUAUCUAUAAAAUCGGUAGACGGUGAUAAAAACUUGACGAUAUCCCUGUUGUUGUGUUUCGGCGGCGGUGUGCUAUUAUUCACUACAUUCCUCCAUCUUCAACCAGAAGUUAGACAAGGGUUCGAACAUUUAGAAAAAAGUGGGGUAAAAUCUACCGUUGGACCGGGUAUUCCCCUAUCAGAAUUAGUAUUCUGCUUGGGCUUCUUCUUCGUCUACCUAAUAGAAGAAGUGGUCCACAUAUUUUUAGACAAAAGGCACAACAACGAAGUAUUACAUCGAUCGCUGUCGGUUAGAAAAUGCUCCAAACAGGAGCUCACAAUCCCCAGGGUUUCUUUGAUAAAACUAGACGACGGCAACAUCAGUUGCAUCAGCACUUCAAACAAGGAACUACUGAAUUCACAAACUACAGUUAAUUUCGAGAAACAAUCGCAUGAUCACAAUCACCACCACAUCGACGAGUCCAUCAAGCAUUCCUUCGGGGGCUUCCUGGUGGUCCUCGCCCUCAGUUUUCACGCGGUAUUUGAAGGCCUCGCCGUGGGGUUGGAGAGCAGCGUGGAGAAGGUGUGGUACCUUUUCGCAGCUAUAGCAACACAUAAAUUCGUUAUAGGCUUCUGUGUCGGGCUGGAAUUGGUCACUUCCAAGACUAGAACUCUGCUGGUUAUGCUCUACAUUGGGACCUUCGCUGUUGUUACUCCUUUAGGUAUUGGUGCUGGGAUUAUCGUUAGCGAGAAAGAUAGCGCUGAAGAUAUAACGUCGGUGGUACUUCAAGGAAUGGCGGCGGGAACGUUGUUAUACGUGGUAUUUUUCGAAGUCCUCGCCAGAGAAAAGAAAAACAGCCAUAGCGGUUUUUGGCAGUUGAUGUCUAUUUGCGCUGGAUUCGGGUGCAUGUUUGUACUUCAAAUUAUAAUCGGUCAUGAUCACGACCACGAACAUCAUGCGCACCAUCACCGAGAGGUUCAUCAUCACAUAGAAGAACGAAUGUCUCCGCUACCAAUUUAGAUAAUUUUAUGAUUGAACUUUGCAAAAAAUAUCCUGUUUUAAUUAUGUCUCACUCGCGUUUGAUGUGUUAUGAUAAUUUAAACAAUGCGAGAAGUAGAAGCUAUGUAAAUUUGCCUUCUUUGUUGCUCUACAAUGACCGAUAAAGAGGAUAUAAAGGUUAAAUUACGUAGUACUUACACAUUGCAAUAAAACCAGUGACAUAUUUCUCCACAUCGUGCUGUAAGAAACUUCCAUAAAAGAAACAUGUCAUUGAUUUUUGUAUUUUCUAUUGUUCGCAAUAGAAUAUUUGCAAAAAUUAAUCGAAAAUUUAUAGGUACCUAUUCUAAUAACAAUGGUAGCGUAAUUUUAUAAUCUCACGUUGAAUUUGUAUGUACAUAUGUGUCGAACAUUGUGAUCGAGUAAAUAUUAGUUUAAAAAACUUGUAAAUAAAUUAUAUUGUGAUAAAUAUUGUUAAGAAAUACAG